AUGGCUAAACAUAAGAAGAAAGAGGAACAUGAUGAAAAACGUGAUAACAGUGAGUUAAAAAAUAUAAAGAACAAAUUAGAAGACUUGAAAAACAAAACACAAAUAUGCGAUGAAAAAAAUGAAGAUAUAAAGAAAUAUGUUGAUCCAUAUAAUGAUUUAAAAUUACACAUUUUAAAUAUAUUAGAUGAAACUAGAAAAUGUAUAAGAGAAAAAGAAAGUAUGCAGAAAAUACAUGGAAACAAUAUGGAAGUUAUUAAAAGAGGAAAUAUUAUAUAUAACAAUAUGAAAAACGUAGAAACAUAUUUUAUAAAAUUAGAAGAUAUAUUAAAUAAACAAUUAAAACAAAAAUAUAAUUUUUCAAAAGAAGAAUUAUUAGAUAAAAAUGAAACGUUUGAAUUAUUGAAAAGACAAAUGUAUGAAUGUAAAAAAUUAAGUAAUUAUGAUGAAAUCAAAAAUACAUACGUAGUUAAUUUUAAUGAUAUUAAGAAUAAACCUAAAUUGAAUAAAAAGGACACGAGUGAUAUAUCUCAUGAUGAAGAUGACUUAGUAGUCAUAAAUAGAUGGAAAGAAAGAGACAAGCAAUUUAACGAAGAUAUUUUAAAAAUAGGUGAAGUGAUAGAUAAAAUAGGAGCUAACACUGUUAUAUUAACUCAAAAAGCUGAAGAGCAAAAUGAAAUCAUCUUAAAUUUACAUGAACAAACAGAAAAAACACAAGACAAUGUUAAAGAGGUAAAUGUAGAAAUUAAAAAAGUUAUGAAGAAACAUUCUCAGGUAACAUGGUGUUGUAGAAUUACACUAGUUAUUAUUUUUCUUAUGUUAGUAGUUUUAACGUCUAAUAUUAUAUCAAACAAAUUUUUAAAAAAAUUAUAA